CGAGUGAACACUCCAGAUCCCCUCUCAGAACGCUCUGAGAGCAGUUCCCCCACUCUUGGAAUUCUGUCCGAGCGAUCUCGGAGCGAUCUCGCCACGGUCUUACAUAUUACGUAUAUGUCUUACAUACGGCCAUUUUGUUAUCUCAAGCAUCAUAUUUUUCUGUUUUUCAUAAGAAUUUGAUAUUGAUACUGUACAUCAAAAUUAAUAGUGGAUAUCCAAUAAAAAUAACACAACAUGAGCGAACAAAAAAAAAAGAAACUUCCAUUUGUGUUCAGGAGGAUUGUGUUAGAUGACGACGAGGCAGGUAUUGAAACAGAUGCCGGCGUGUUAUGCGAGGUUAUGAUAAAUGGUACAAAAAACAUCUCAUAUGUUCCCAAAAGUUUUCUGUCAAGCCUGGGUAUUGAACUGCCUAAGAACUUGCACGAUAAAGAAAAUUGCUCGUCCAAAACAGUUGAUACUUCCGGGGAUAACCUAGAACGUGACGUUAGUAUACAAGCAUCUGGCAGCACGACUGCUAUUCGGACUGUUUCGCAUGUAUUGCUGCCAACGUUCAAUAGCUCCAAUGCUACUGUGAAGUGGGAUGACCAUGAUACCAAAAUGAUGCUCGAUCUGUACGCCGAAAACUUGAACCACGUUGGACCAUUCAAAAAGUUCAAAACAAAAAAAAAGAUGUGGGAACACAUUGCGGUUGACAUUUCAACAACCUUCAGUAAAUAUGUAAAUGGUCAACAAUGCGAGUCACGAUUUAAAACUGUAAGGAAUCGUAAAGGUUUAGCUGUUACUCAUAACAAGCAGUCAGGCAACGACGCGAAGGUUGUGCCGUACCAGCAGGAAAUGGACAACAUCAGAAGUAUAGACGACAGUGUUCAGCCUGAAGUUCUUGUGUCUGUGGGUAACACCCGCGUAUUGAAACAAAAACGAAAAGAAGAUGCUGCAAGAGGUGGAACUAAAAAAAAAAAACAAGAUCCUCUGCUCGCUAUGUAUGUUGAAUUGCAAGAAAAAAAAGAAGAAAACAAAGAACGUCGGCAUCAAGAGAAAAUGAAAAUCUUCACGGAAUAUUGUCUGAAGAAGCAAAGUGAAUAAAACUGAUAUUUACAGAAAAUUAACUGGUUGCACUGGCGUGCACCAAGUGCAGUUUCAUCCUUUUCUGCCAUAGACUUUUGAAAAAUAUGAUAAUAUACUCUGUGUGCACCAGUGCAACCAGUCGAAUUAGCUAUUAUAAUAUUACGUAUGAUCAUCACAUUAAUAUUAUAUUUUUUUGUUAUAUCCUUCAAAUUUAUUUGUUAUAUUAUUAGUUCAAACUUAAAAAAUGUGAUAUUUACUCCCAACCUGUUAAAAUAAGUCUCAUCCAAAGUAUCACAAACAAAUAUCACUGGAUACAUUAUCAAUUCUCACUUUAAAAAAUAUCCAAAAAAGGGCCAAGCUCAAAUUAAAUUGCAGGAAUUGCAGUGAUACUUGUUUGCGGUAUUUUGAUUUUGAACAUUAAGAGAUGUGGCCUCGACAAAUAUUCGAACCGAGCUUUGUUGCACGACAAACUUACUUCAGGUUAGAAUAAUCAAACCAGUGAGAUUAUUUAUCGGUAUCAUGUCACGUCAAUGUUGUGAUAAUGUAUCCUGUGAUAUUUGUUUGUGAUGUUUUCUUAUCAUUCGUUAUAAUGUUUGAUAAGGUUAAUUUUUUAGUCAAAAAAUAUAAGCAACGACAAGGUUUUAUAAAAUGUAUUUUU